UAUCAUUUCAGAUUAGUAAAACAGAUAUAGCACCGUUUCAAUCAUGGGACUGAUUACACUACUUUUUCUAUGGACUUUCAUUCUGUUUUUCACAAAAAUUAAUAGUUUACAACCAUGCCAGUCUCUUCAGCCCAAAAAUCUAAACAAGCAACUACAAGGCUAUAAGCUGUUUGACAGGAUUGUCAUUUCUCACCACGAAUGUGCUAAAGAAUGCAUGCGAUUGGGAGCUUGUGCUUCUAUCAAUUUCAUAACAAGUACCAAAUCUUGUGAAUUCAACUCAGCGGGGAGUGAGAAAGUUCUCAGUAAUGCAAAAGGAAUAAUUUUCUCUGAUAUUUCCGAAUGGCCAAAGGCGAUGGUUAGUGGAUGUGCAUACCAUGACUGCAACAAAAUUCAGCGUUGCCUCCCCCUUGGACCAGACUCGUAUAAAUGCGUCAAUAUCACGUGCAAAAGUCCUCCAAAUUCAGAGCAAAGUGUUGCGGAACAUGUCAUGGUUGUUGCUGGCACAACAGUCCGAUCACACGCGUGUCCAGAUGGUAUGUUUCUUAGCGGUGACAAGCACAUAACGUGCAAUGUAAAUGGUGAAUGGACGGUUCCAAAAGCUACUUGCCAAGAUUCAACAAUUGGCAAAUCAUGUUCAAGUAACUCGGAUUGUAAGGAGACUGGUGCAGUUUGCAAAGAUGAAAUCUGUUACUGUAGCCAUUUCUUUAGAAGAGACACCGAGUCCAAGGAUUGUAUCAAAGUUUGCAGCACCAUGGAUAGCACUUUCUCUGUCAUGAAAGGCUUAAUUAUAGUGAACCGUAAUGACCUUGGUAUACAAGAAGGAAUUUCUAUUGAUGAAUGUUUUACGAUGUGUUCUGAAGAUAAGAAUUGCAUGUCCUUUGAAUUCAAUACAGCUGAUCUUAAAUGCAGGAGAAGCACAUACACAAAACAAAUGGUAGAGGAUGCAAUACCCACAGACAUUAAACUCAGUACUGCUGAAUUGCACGUAAGAAACUGCUUUUGACAGACGUUGUUGAUUUUCUAUUGUAGAGCAACACACCAAGCGAGCGCCAUUUUUUUACUGUACACAUUUUUGCUACGUACAGUAGAAACAAUGAUGAAGACCAUUCACAAAUUUAGGCCAACUUUCUUCAGAGAGAAUAUAUAAUAAGAAUAUGGCCCAUAGAAUUCGCACUUAUGGCCAUUGAAUUAAUAGUUUUAUGCUUUAGGUACGACGGUAGCCAACCUUCGUACGCCUCUUACCAGUCUUUUUUCAAUAGGAAGAUGGAUGAUCCAAGUUUCGCAUUUCAAGGGCACUUGAAUGUAAUAGAUGGUCUAGUAAAAUACUUAUAUACGGGGGUCGUAUGUCGGAAUCUGAUGUAUCGGGGUCUUUCAAAUUCGAAAGACCUUAAACGCAGAAAAUUCUUAUGAAUUACUUAUAAACACCUUUGUAUCGAUUAUUGAUAAAAAAAACACAAUUGGUUAUUUCUCAGAAUCAGAUUAAAUUUCUAAUACUGAUAUAAUUCAUCAUCUCAGAACUGCUUUUUUGCCCUUCCCAUUAUGCAUACGCGCGAAACGCUACUUCCGUUUAUAAGGAAAUAUUUAAAUAUUAAAUAUUCUUUACUAGUUCUCCAGCGCAAAUAAGCUUAUAUUUGCUUUAGUUAUGAAUAACCAGUCAUGGGUUUUACAAAAGAUAUUCAAAGAUAACCGUUCAAAAUUUGCAAUUUGAUUUUAGGUGUAACUGCUCCAGUACAACAAUGGCUUGUUGAAUGGCUUUUCAGAAAUAAACACUUUUUAUGAUUAUAGAAUCGGAAUUGUGCAAAACUAAAUGAUUCAAAAGAGUUUAUUCUAUUUUUCAAAGAAAAAGAGUUAUUCAAACAGAAAGAGGUUCAGACAUUGAAAAUAACGGGGUUUUGAAAACUUUGUACACAUAUCACUGUGACAGUAAGCUUAAUUUUAUUUUAAUUCUACUUGGAAAAAGAUGUGUGCAUAAAAUCAAGGCUUGGUCCGUCUAAAAAUAUCUGCUCAUAGGAUGCAGUGAUAAAAUAUACUGUAGGCAUGACAGAACCAAACUGGUAGUGCAUACAUGUAUUGACAUAUUGUCAGCUUUCGCAAGAUAUUGAUGAUGAAUAUAAUUUUAUAUUUUAUUAGUAUCUUAUUAUAUUUUAUAAAUCCUUGUUUAAGUUAUAGAGAAUUCCAUGUGUGUGUCUGAUAUUUUAAAACUUAUCAGGUAAGGCUUAGAACAAGAAGAGCGAGUCUCUGCCAAGCCAUUUAUUUAUUUUUUUUCGUGCCGAGCCUGAUAAAUUUUGAAACAUCUGGCACUUGUUUGUUAUUCCAUUUAUAGUGUUUUCAAUUUUAUAAUGCGUUUCUUUCUCUUUAGAUUUCAAAUGAAAAUUCUGUCAAGAACCUCUUAAGUUCAUGCGACGCGCAUUAAUAUGCUAAGUCAUAUCAAUAAGAAAUUAAGAAAUAGUCCGAAUGUUUUUCUCAAAUACAAAGGGAUACUUUGAUUAAAUACUGUUCGAUUCAAAGUUUAUCAAUUUAAUAUUUUCAAACUAGUAAGAGGUUAAACUAUUUCAUUCUCUUUAUUUUAUUUGAAUAUGACUUUAGUGAUGAGGUUCCUGAUAAAACUGAGGGUGACUGAUAAAGCUAAAUUUAUCAGAUAUGCUCAUUUGUUUAUAGAAAUAAAUGUGAUGACACGAUAGAAGUUAGUAUUAUUAUGUAUGCCUGACAAGUACAUGCUCCCAUAAUUACGAGCAAACAAAAAUAAAAACAGAAACACAUCCUAAGAUAAAAGAUAGCCUUUUUGAUUUGAUGGAUUCAAAAACAAUAUAUCAAAUAUUAGUAAACAAAGUAUUCAUUAAACUCGGUACACAUUUGUAUUGGGCAAAUAAAUAUGAGAGAUAACUGAACUGGAAUGAUAUAUAAAAAACAUGUAUAUAAAUUCAAUACAAGAGUUAUUAACAAUUCGUAUAAACAAUUCAAAUUUAGAGUUAUUAAUAUGAUCUUUAUAAGCAAAGACACGCUCUAUAAAUGGAAAAUGGUCUCAUCUCCAACUCUGUAAUAAAAUAGAAGAUUAUCAACAUCUUGGCAGUGAAUGUAUUUUGGGAGACAAUUUUAUAUAUUUUUCAAGAGUGCGGAAUUCAAAGAAAUAUACGUAGACUCGAAAUCCUUAUUUUCGGUUAUAAAAUAUCUCAAGAAGAAUACUUUUAUAUCAAUGUUAUACUCAACAUUGUAGGAUUUAGUAUUUAUAAAGCUUACUUUUGUAGUAAUAAUUGGUCAAAUGAAUUUUACAUAACAAAACUGUUAAAGACAGCAUUUGAAAUAAUUUUAAUCUAUACUAUAAAUACAAAAAGACAAAAGUAAAAUAUUUUGACAAAAUACUCGAACUUUUAAAAUAUAUGAGCCACGUCACGACAAAACCAACA